AUGAUUCCGAUUGAAUGGGUUUGUAGGAGAAUCGCUACUGGAUCUUUUCUGAAGAGAAAUCCUGGUGUUGAAGAGGGCUACAAGUUUUAUCCACCUAAAAUUGAGAUGUUUUAUAAGGAUGAUGCAGCAAAUGAUCCACAGUGGUCUGAAGAGCAACUCGUUGAAGUUAAGUUUAAGCUGGCCGGACUUGAAAUUGGACAAACGGAAGUAGAUAUCAUGGCACAAUCCACCCGAGCCAUUUUUGAAAUACUUGAAAAAGCAUGGCAACCCCAGAAUUGUACGCUGGUGGAUUUGAAGGUUGAGUUUGGUGUUAAUGUAGCCACAAAAGAAAUUGUUCUUGCUGAUGUCAUUGAUAAUGAUUCUUGGAGGCUGUGGCCAUCUGGAGAUAGAAAACAACAAAAGGACAAACAGUCUUACCGUGACCUCAAAGAAGUGACGCCUGAAGCACUGCAAAUGGUGAAAAGAAAUUUUGAAUGGGUGGCUGAAAGAGUGGAGUUGUUACUGAAACCACAAAGUCAACGCAGAGUGGUUGUCCUCAUGGGGUCAACUUCCGAUCUUGGUCACUGUGAAAAAAUUAAAAAGGCAUGUGGCAAUUAUGGGGUGCCUUGUGAAUUACGAGUGACCUCCGCUCACAAAGGACCAGAUGAAACACUGAGGAUCAAAGCUGAAUAUGAAGCGGAUGGGAUUCCCACAGUGUUUGUUGCGGUGGCUGGGAGAAGCAAUGGCUUGGGACCUGUGUUGUCCGGAAACACUGCAUAUCCAGUUGUCAAUUGUCCUCCUCUCUCAGCUGAUUGGGGUGCCCAGGAUAUAUGGUCAUCUCUGAGAAUGCCUACUGGUCUUGGCUGUUCCACAGUUCUUUCACCUGAAGGUGCUGCCCAAUUUGCUGCUCAGAUUUUUGGGUUGAAUGACCACUGUGUUUGGGCCAAACUGCGAUCCAACAUUCUGAAUACGUGGAUCUCCUUAAAACAGGCUGACAAAAAGAUGAGAGAAUAUACUUUAUAG